AUGGCUGUCCGCAGCGGCAACACCUUGACGCCUUUCUCCAUCCAGGCGAUUCUUAACAAGAAGGAGGAGAGGGUAGGACAUCCGUGCUUGGAAGGGCGCCCACUCCCGGCCAGGGGAGCCGCGGCCCCUGCAGGCUCGGUCGCGGCGGCUCCAGCCUGUUGCUGGAGGCUUUUUGGAGAAAUGGACUCGGGUACUGUGGGGGGAACUGGGGAGACGCUCCUGCCCUCCCCGGCUGGGCCUAGGUCGAUGGCGGCAGCAGCGGCAACGGCGGCGGCGGCAGCAACAGCAGCAGCAGCAGUGGCUGCGGGACGGACAGCGGGGAGCCCGAGGGGCUGGGAUUCGGACUCGGCUCUGAGCGAAGAGAACGAAGGGGAGCGGCGCUGCCCGGCCGAGGCUGUAGGAUUGCCCGGGAUGGCCAGCGGAGCGGGGCGCGCCCAGGAGAUUCCCUGCAGGGGGCAGCCCGGGCCAGAGGCUCAGGCCAAGGACUUGGAAGAAGAGCCCCCAGGCCUGAGUGACAGCGAGAUGUCAGCCAGCGUCUCAGGUCUGCUUGAAUUUCUUGAUCGCAGCCCGAGGACAGAGGAGGACGGAGGCGGAGGAGGCAAGUGCGAGAAACUCCUUUGUGGCGGGGGCCCGGGAGAAGAGGAGCAAUCUGCGCCCAAGCCUCGGAAGAAGCGCUCCCGGGCCGCGUUCUCUCACGCACAGGUCUUCGAGCUGGAGCGCCGCUUCAAUCAUCAGCGCUACCUGUCUGGCCCGGAGAGAGCCGACCUGGCAGCCUCUCUGAAACUCACCGAGACUCAAGUGAAAAUCUGGUUCCAGAACCGCCGCUACAAGACCAAGCGCCGCCAGAUGGCCGCAGACCUGCUAGCUUCGGCUCCUGCUGCCAAGAAGGUGGCGGUCAAAGUGCUAGUGAGGGACGAUCAGAGACAGUACCAUCCGGGAGAGGUGCUCAGGCCCCCCUCCCUGCUCUCCCUUCAGCCCUCCUACUAUUACCCCUACUACUGCCUUCCGGGCUGGGCCCUCUCCACCUGCACGGCCGCAGCGGGCACCCAGUGAAGGACUACGACAACGCCGAGCCAGGUCCCCAGACGCUUCCACAAAAACCUACCGGUCCCCCGACCCAUCCGAGGAAAAG